UACCUUUUUCUUCUUCGUUUUUUGUUCCUCGGAGCCUCCCUCUCCCCUUGAUCACUCUCUAUACUGAGGAAUAACAACAGAAAGCAAAAAUAUAUAUAUGAAGACAACUCUCUUCAUUACAUGCAUUGUGGCCACGCUGGCUGUGCUGGCAAAGAGUGCGCAACAUGGAUCGCCUCCAGAAUCACCAGCACCGGCACCAUCAGUAGAUUGUAGCGAUGUUGCAUUUGACAUGUUGGAUUGUGUAACCUAUUUGUCAGAUGGCAAUGCGGAGAAGCCCACUGAUUCUUGCUGUGCUGGGUUUGAAGCAGUGCUUAGUCUGGAUGAUGAGUGCUUGUGUUUUGCAUUAAAGCAUAGUGCAGAUUUUGGCGUUGCUGUGAAUCUUACUAGGGCUGCAGCUUUAUCUUCUGAGUGUGGAGUGUCUGCUCCUCCUCUUAGUAAAUGUGGCGCUAACACUCCAUCCUCUGCACCAGAGCCAGCUGCACCAACUCCUGUUAUAGAGCCACCAACAAAUGACCAACCUUCAGCCCCAGCUGCAGCGCCAUCGAACAGUAGUGAUGAUGAUGGGAGAUCAGCAGCAGCUCCAGUAACUAGUGAUGUACCAGCACAAGCACCAGCAAAAGGGACGGCAUAUGCUGUCUCUGCACCCUCUUUGGUUCUUAUUAGCUCCGCUGUUGCUUCCGCUCUUUCUCUGUUUCUGUGGAUUUGAAAUACAAGAUGCUGGCUUUUACCACCUUGUUUUUAUUGUUUAGGUUCUUGUUUAGUUUUGAACUUACUGGAUAGUACGUAUAUGCCUUCCUGUUCUUGUUCUGUUAAAUAGAAGAUCUUUGGUUUCUUGAAUUUGAUUCAGACAUUU